AUGUCCGCUGGUAAUUCUCGUGUCGGCGAUAAUCGACGAUGGCGGUGUUUCUCCGCUCAGAACUCCGCAGGCAUUCAGACCCUCCUCGAUGCCGAGAGAGAGGCCCAGAAGAUUGUCCAGCAAGACCGUACCAAGCGGAUAAGAGACGCAAAGGCUGAAGCCCAGAAGGAGAUCGAAGAGUACCGCAAGCAGAAGGAGGACGAAUUCAAGAAGUUCGAGGCUGAGCACUCGAGCGGGUACAAGAAGGCUGAGGAGGAUGCGAACAAAGAGGCAGAAGUCAAGCUCCAGGAGAUCAAGGAUGCCGGGAACGACAAGGGCAGCAAGGUGGUGGAGGAUCUUAUCCAUGCACUCAUCGACGUAAAGCCUGAGGCUUCGGAGAAAAUCGUGGUCAAGGCAUAGAUCUGUUGUUUCCUGCAGCAGCGUGAGGGUUCAUCAAUUUUGGGUUCUUUAUUUCCAGCCUGUGAAUAUUAUUUAGCUGUUUGAUCAUACAACUGCCAAUAUGUACGGAGUGCGUCCUUUCUAGAUUGUCUGCAGCUAGUGGAGGGGUGGG